AUGUCUUCUGAUAACAUUGAAAAAUUAUAUCAAAACUACGGUAUUCUUGCUGAUGCCAAGGAUGACAUUUCUAAGCAUGAAAAGGAAUAUAUGGAAAUACUUGCUGCAGUGAAAGGUUCUGAUAAAGAAAAACGUUUAGCAUCACAGUUCAUUGCAAAAUUUUUCAACAGCUUUCCAAAUUUAUCUGACCAAGCUAUAGAAGCGCAAUUUGAUCUGUGUGAGGACGAUGACGUGGCGAUUCGAAAGCAAGCUAUAAAAGACUUACCUUCAAUGUGUAAAAACAAUAAAGAACACACAACAAGAAUUGCUGAUAUAUUAGCACAACUCUUGCAGUCUGAAGAUGUAACAGAAAUUAAUGUUGUUACAAAUUCUUUGGUUGCUAUUUUAAAGAAUGACCCUAAAGGCACUUUAACAGGUUUAUUCUCCCAAAUUCAUCAGAGUACAGAUAGUGAAGUUCCCAAUGAAGUUGUAAGAGAAAGGUGUAUCAAAUUUUUAGCUACAAAAGUAAAACUAUUAGGAAGAGAAAUUAUAGAUAAAGAAGCUGAAGAUCUUAUUAUAGCAGAAGGAAAGAAAAUCUUACAGGACUCUGUUGCUGAAGAAUUUGAACAUAUUAUGGAUUUAUUAACUUGGUCAAGAUUAGGGAAAACUCCAGCUGGGAAGAAAGAACUUACUCAACUGAUAGCUGCUCUAGCUUUCACACCAGAAGAUUGGCAUCCAGAAGAUCCUGAAUAUGUUGAUAGAUUAAUUCAAUGCACACAACAUGCUUUGCCAUUAUUUACGGCUCAAGUGGAUUCAACACAAUUUGUGAAUAUAUUCUGUGACCAUGUUCUACAAAAAUGGAAUGAUAUUGCUGCAUCGGGGGGAGGAUCUGAUUUAAAACUAGAACUUUUGAAGACUUUUGCUGAAAUUACUGAACAUUGUGGAGAAAUUGAAAAAGUGGAAGAUAAAAUAAAAAUUGUUUAUGAUGUACUGAUGAACUAUCUACCAGAAGCACCAGUAGAAGAAGAAAAUGCAACCAAAGAAGAGAGCGAAAGUAAGCCUGAAGAUACAAAAACAGCACCGUCAUUACAAUUCUCACAUGUUGAGUGUGCACUUUUUGCUCUGCACUCACUAUGUAGGAAAGCUCCUGAUGCACUUGGUGCAGAUGCAACAAGACUAAAAUCAUUGCGUCUAAGAUUACAAUAUACUGCUAGGCUCACUCAAGGAUAUAUCAAAAAGCUUAAAGAAGUUACUCAGGGGAAGAAAGGUGAAGAUGCAAAUACCGAAGAGAACAAAUUAAAGAUAGCAGCCUUAAAAACAACAUCAAAUAUCAACACUUUAAUAAGAGAUAUAUUCCGCACACCUCCCAGCUUCAAGAGCAAAGUGCAACUUUCAUUCCAGUCUAAAAAGGCUGAAAAAGAAGUCGAACCUUCCAAUGAACCACAAGAAAGAGAAAAACAAAUGCCAGGGUCAAAACGUCACCGACCCAUUACAUUUGGCAAUGGUGAACAAAAAUCACCCGAAAAGCGCUCUCGUAGUGGCGAUAGAAAUGUUAAAAUGUAUACACCACCUUCUGGCAAAUACAGCUCACGAUUAAACAAUUCGAGACCAAAUUCUGGUCGUUUUUCGGGAUCUAACUCUGGAAGGGGUAGGGGUUAUGGUAGAAGGGAUUAUUGGAACCGUGGAGCUCCUUUUAAAAGGCGCUAC